AACGAAGAAGAGUAUAUAAGUAGGUGCUGAAGAGGUGCACUCUUCAUUUGUUUCAAAGUUUCCUCACCUGUGUAUUGCUGUACUCACACAGAGAAGCAUAUGAGAAAUUAGUAGCCAAAUUUACAGCACAAAACUUGUUGAGAUUGAGUCAUAAACACUUUCUUUCUUCAGGUUUCCUCAUUCUUAGACAAUCCUAGAUGGCUAAAAUUAAGCUGAACCAGAGAGCUUUAGCAACUACAGCAGUGCUAGCAUGUAUGAUAUUUCUGGUUCAAGUCUUGAUGGCCAAUAUGGUCAGUGCAGAGAGAAUGUUGAAAGAUAAAGAACCAGAAGCCUCGGCUGAGAAAGAAAUGAGCCAUGGUUAUAUAGUAAAAGUUCUUCAUUUUUUAUUUCAAGGUGGAAAGUCUUCUUAUGAGCCUGUUUGGCCUGUUAUGAAGUUUGAUUGGAGAAUUGUUGUAGGAACAGCAGUAGGAUUCCUUGGGGCAGCUUUGGGUAGUGUUGGAGGAGUUGGAGGUGGUGGGAUAUUUGUACCGAUGCUCACCUUGAUCAUUGGUUUCGAUCCGAAAUCUUCCACUGCCAUUUCCAAGUGUAUGAUCAUGGGUGCAUCAGGAGCAACUGUAUAUUACAACCUGAGACUUAGGCACCCAACACUGGAAAUGCCCAUAAUAGACUAUGACCUGGCUUUGCUCUUUCAGCCUAUGCUCAUGCUUGGAAUCAGCGUUGGAGUUGCCUUCAAUGUCAUGUUUGCUGAUUGGAUGGUCACAGUUCUGCUUAUUAUUCUCUUCAUAGGUACUUCUACUAAAGCUUUAUUCAAAGGGAUAGAUACAUGGAAGAAAGAGACUAUGAUAAAGAAGGAUGUAGCCAAGCAGUUGGAAUCAGAGUCCAAACCAGAAGAUGGCGCCGAAGAAGAUUACAAACCACUUCCAAGUGGUCCAGUUGUUUUACCAGACGAUGAGGUCCCUUUACGAGAAAACAUUUACUGGAAAGAGGUGGCACUGCUUUUCUAUGUCUGGGCGGGAUUUCUUGUUGUUCAAAUUGUUCAGACAAAUGUUCCAACCUGCUCAGUCACGUACUGGAUCCUGAACUCAUUGCAGGUACCAAUUGCUGCCUCAGUUACGCUUUUCGAAGCCAUAUGCUUGUGCAAAGGGACCAGAGUGAUAGCAUCCAAAGGGAAGGAAAUCACAAAUUGGAAGUUACAUCAGAUUCUACUGUACUGUUCGUGUGGAAUAAUUGCUGGAAUGGUGGGUGGACUGCUUGGUCUAGGAGGCGGCUUCAUCUUGGGACCUCUUUUCCUCGAAUUAGGAAUUCCUCCUCAGGUAGCAAGUGCAACAUCAACCUUUGCAAUGGCAUUCUCAUCUUCAAUGUCAGUCGUAGAGUAUUACCUCCUCAACCGUUUCCCUGUCCCAUAUGCUGCUUACUUUGCUUUAGUUGCAACGAUUUCUGCCCUUGUUGGACAGCAUGUGGUUAGAAAGAUAAUUGCUUUUCUUGGAAGAGCGUCAUUAAUUAUUUUCAUACUGGCUUUGACAAUUUUUGUGAGCGCAGUCAGCUUAGGUGGAGUUGGAAUAGCAAACAUGGUUGAGAAGCUGGAGAACGAAGAGUACAUGGGGUUCGAAAAUCUUUGUCACCAAUCUUAGCUACAUUUUGCAUUAGAAUAUUGUAAGAAGUGGGAUUUCUCAGCAGGGGACUACAGCUUAUGAAUCCACACUACGAUCAGUUUCACUUUACCUUCAA